CUUGCUCGCCUCAGUUGUCCACCGUGCAGAUCCAGAAGAUCGUCUCCUCCAGGCACCAGGCUCUCCUUUACACCACCUUCCAGCACCCAUCAGCCUGCAGAAGGCCAAACUGUUGCGGGACUGCUGCUUUGGGCACCUGUUACCUGGUGGCAUCGGUGCGCACUGCCAUUACGCACGACUUGGAUGGAGAAACUGCACCAUUGCGAGGUUGUCGUUUAUUGAGCUGUCAUUUUUUUUCGAAGAAUCUUAAUUGAUAGCUUUGUUGUGGAUUUUUUAAGGUAUCGUUGAGCUUCUCAUCGUGAGAGAGGAAGCUUAAUUUGUAAACACAGUGUCUAUAUUUUGUGAUUUACGCACCAGAUCCAGCGCGUUUACACCUUACAGCACAGGUGUAUAAGUCAAAGGCGGCAUAGCACAAGGCCAGCAAAGAGGGAAAACAACUAAUUGGAAACAACCCAAGGAAAAAAAAAAAAACAGAGAGGGAGGGAGUGACAGAAAAAAACGAGAGAGGGAGAAAGAGAGAGAGAGAGACACCCCCCUAGAGACUAGCUCGGAGACCCGGCCCCCGGCCUGAGAGAAGGAGAGAGAGUGAGGUAGUGAGGGAGUGUUUUAAAGCCAGCCGGAGGCAUGAUGUCCUACAUUAAGCAACCCCAUUACGCCGUGAACGGGUUAACGCUGUCCGGCCCGGGCAUGGAUCUGCUCCACUCCGCCGUUGGAUACCCUAACACUCCGCGUAAACAGCGCCGAGAGCGCACCACCUUCACGCGCGCACAGCUCGACAUCCUCGAGGCUCUGUUCGCCAAAACGCGCUACCCGGACAUCUUCAUGCGCGAGGAGGUGGCCCUCAAGAUCAACCUGCCGGAGUCCCGAGUCCAGGUUUGGUUCAAGAACCGUCGUGCAAAGUGCCGCCAGCAGCAGCAGCAGAGCACCGGUCAGUCCAAACCGCGGCCCCCCAAGAAGAAGGCGUCCCCGGCCCGCGACGCCAACUCUGAGGCCAGUGCCAACGCCACCAAUGGGCCCUACAGCCCUCAACCGCCUCCCCCGGGCACCUCCAUCACCCCCAGCUCCAGCGCUGCCAGUGCCACGGUGUCUAUCUGGAGCCCGGCCUCCAUCUCCCCGCUGCCUGACCCCCUGUCCGUGUCCAGCACCCCCUGCAUGCAGCGCACCGCCACCUACCCCAUGACCUACACCCAGGCGCCGGCCUACAGCCAGGGCUACGGGGGCUCCUCCUCUUACUUCACCGGCCUGGACUGCAGCUCCUACCUGUCCCCCAUGCACCCGCAGCUGUCGGGCACCGGAGGAGCCCUGAGCCCCAUCACAGCCUCCUCCAUGGGGGGUCCUCUCAGCCAGUCCCCGGCCUCGCUCUCCUCCCAGGGCUACACGGCCGCCUCGCUGGGCUUCGGAGCCGUCGACUGUCUAGACUACAAGGACCAAGCUGCCUGGAAGCUCAAUUUCAAUGCCACUGACUGUCUGGACUACAAAGACCAGAACUCCUGGAAGUUCCAGGUCUUGUAAAAUGUGAAAAACAAGAAGUGGGUCAAUGGGGAGGGACGGGGGUUAGAGGAAGUGUGGUUUAGGAGAUGGAAGAGAUCUUUGGACAACAGAAAUCAAUGAAUCAGCUGAAAUAAAGUCUUCAUUUUGUGUGGAAGUAAACUGAUCUGCUGAGGCUCGGCUUGGUGAUUGUAACAGAGAGAUCACAGUGUAGGUUAAGCGACAUAGAAAUCAGCCUCAAAAUCAAUGAGCGGCUGGGGUAAAAGGAGAACAAACUUCCAAUUUAUUGUACAAUAAAAUCAAAUUAGUGACAACAGAUUUCAUUGUCCAGCUCUGUGGUGUUGUUGUGAUUAAAAUCCAGUUUGUUACUGAUGAGAGUUUAAAGUGAAAUGCAUGAGCAAAGGUGGAAAGGUUGAUUAACAGACAGCGAGCUGAGUGAGUGACGUACAGGUUUACUUUGCAUAGACAGCCUUGAAGUGGACGUGUUAAAUCAUAAGAACUGACCCACGCUCAUGUUUAUUUCUUCCUUCUAGACUUUGUCUUGUAUUUUCUGUGAUGUAUUUCUUUUAUAAAGCUGCUUUUCAUGAGCAAACUGGCUCAAAAGCUCAUCUAUUGAGUAAGGAGUCUCUGACAGGGUGGCCACUAAUUAAAAAACAUAUAAAAAAAAAUUAGCGGACUGAAGCUGAUGAUUCCCAGUAGCCUGUGUGUGAUACUGACCCUCUGCAGCCUGUGUGUGAUAAAAGCGGAGGGGGUAGAGUUGCUCACCGAAGCGACUGCAGUACAAACCUGUUGCCUUUGAGCAAAUCAUUAGCAGAAUGGCUCGUGCAUUGUUAGUUUAAUAGGAUCACUUCCACACAAUUUGUGCAACAAUGGUGGCAUUGUGGCAGUCGAGUACCCCCCCCCCCCCCCCCCCCCCCCCCCCCCAACCCUACUCCAUCUCACAGUGCUUGCAUGAGGUUAGCGGAUUGUUGAAGCAGUUUUUGAAGUGACUUUGAGGUGAAAACUGCUGCAGGGAGGUGUGUGAUGGAGAGGAGGCUGCACCAGAGAAAGGGAAGGGUCUGGGCCGCCAUGCAGCCCCCCCUUUGCACAGAGAGUUUGGUGCCCCUCUCAACUCCAACCUGUAAAGAUGUGAUGGCUACCACUUUAUGUGUUUGAUGUCUCGUUUGAUUUUUUUUUCUUUUUGUAUUAGACUUAAACAAUAUUAUGUUUCUUUAAAAAAAAAAAAAAAGUGAAUUCGUUGAAGUAAAAACUGUGGUAAUUUGUUUUGAAGUUCAGUAUUAAUAUAAUGUCCUCAGCUGACAUGGACGUUGCUAAUAUACUUUUGUUUCUUUUGUAAAUAUUAAAACUUGAAAUGCAAUCAUGUCUGGUGUCAGCGAUGAGUUGUGACGCAACCCAACAAUCUCUCUCUUAAUCUCUAGAAAAACUGCCAACUUUUCUCUGUUUAUAUUUUUCUUGUUUCUUCUUCUUCUCUUUUUUUUCAAACUCAGGGGUUUAUCCAAUAAAAGUAGCAGUAGUAGGAUACAAUGCUGUUAAUGCUUCUUAAUCACUUACUACUUUUAAGUUUUGCAUCGCUAUAAUCUUCUCUGCUUAUUUUUCUGACAUGAAUUAUUUUGUAUAUUUCAUCCGUCUCCUGUGUUCGACCGGUCUCACCAUUACCAUGCUAGAUAGCUAUGAUGUUUCUGAGACAUUAAACAACUUCAUUAAAACAC